AUGAUGUUUAGAGAUGAAAAGAGGGGAGGUAGAGAACAUCCAAGUAAUUUGUUAAUGGGUUUCAUGUCUACUGUCAAUGAUUGUGGGCUCAGGGAUUUAGGAUUUGUGGGGGAGAAAUAUACUUGGGAAAAGUCGAGGGGACAACCUAACUGGAUUCAAGAGCGGUUGGAUAGAGGGUUUGCUAAUCAUAGGUGGCAAAGUCUGUUUCCGUUGGCAGAGAUGCAAGUGAUUGAGGUAUCCAUGUCAGAUCACCUACCACUGUUCUUACAGUUGAAUAAAAAGGCGUACGAGCCUAAAGGAUAUCGGUUUAGAUUUGAGAAUAUUUGGCUUCGUGAGAAGGAGUGUGUAAAUGUAGUGAGGAAUGGCUGGGAGCUAGCUGGAGGUAUGGAUAUUACAGGUAAAAUUCGAUUGUGCGCUGAAAAAUUACAACAAUGGGGAGGAGGCUUAAGUAAUGAAUACAAGGUAAAGAUUCAGCAAUGUCGGUUAAUGCUGAAAAAGCUGAGGUCACGUCGAGAUUGUCAAGGUAUUCAACAAUAUAAUGCAACAAGGUGGGAAUACUUGUCUUUGCUUGAUAAACAGGAGGUAUAUUGGAAGCAGCGUUCUAAGCAAUUCUGGCUCCAAGAGGGGGAUAAGAAUACAAGAUUUUUUCAUCGGUAUGCAUCAAAUAGACGAAAGAAUAAUAGAGUGGACAGAAUUAAGGAUGCAAAUGGUGUUUGGCAGGAAACAAAAGGCGAAAUUCAGGGUGUUGUGGAAGAUUACUUUUCACGAUUGUUCACAUCGUCGAAUUUGCAAGGAAAGCUGUCAAAUAGGGAGGUGGUUAAACAGGUUUCAGAUGUUGAAAAUGCGGAGCUGCACACAGAAGUAACAGUUGCAGAAGUAAAGGAUGUUGUGUUUUCUAUGCAUCCGGAUAAAGCAUCCGGUCUUGAUGGCUUUAAUCCCGCUUUUUAUCAAGCCUUUUAG